UUGACAACCUUAUUUCACCCAAAAAAAUUCACUCGAAAUCUGAACCCCCAAAUCGCGAUUUUUUUUUCUUUCUUUUCCUGGCAAAAAAGAAAUCGCGAGCCCCCUCGAAUCAUACUCGAGACUUCCACUAUAAAUCAUAAACCCUAAAUCACAAACCAAAUUGGAACUCCAUCAGCCCUCCAAUCUACAUCUUUCCGAACUCCUACCCCCAUUACAACACUGCGACUUUUUCCCCGUCGGGGCCGGCCAUCGUCUGUCCAUCCCCGCGAAGGAGAGCGCUUGCAACGAAGUAGAGGAUAGCCAAAGGCAGGCCGCCGUGCCGUUUCCUCCCUUCUCGCCGUCCACGCCGACUCUGCCAUAGAAAUUGAAAAGGUACGUUUUCCCCUUUUGAGUUCCGCGCUUCAGCUGCUUAUAGAAUUCGAUCUAUAUUUUUGUUUUGUUUGGAAGAUUUAGGGUUAAGGUUUGGGUUUUUAGUUAAUUUUGACGUCUGGGUUAUUCGAAAUUUGUUUCCAGAUAUCUACUGCCGAAACUUGAUUGGGCUCCCUUCUGGUGGCAAUUUUCGUUUUGCAGUUAAUCUGAAGAACUUGAAUCAGGACUAGUAAAAUGCCGGGCUCGGCAAUUUUGACCCUACCAGCACCCCCUCCUCACUCGGGAGAUUCUCCUCCCCCAUUCCAAGCAUCGGAGCAGAACUCAAACGGAGAAGACCCAGUAAUCGAGGAACAGAAUGCAGCGCCAGUUGCUACCCACACUAGAACCAUUGGUAUCAUUUAUCCUCCUCUUGAUAUCCGGAAUAUCGUCGACAAAACAGCUCAGUUUGUUGCAAAAAAUGGACCGGAGUUUGAGAAAAGGAUCAUUGCUCACAAUGCCAACAAUGCUAAGUUUGACUUCUUGAAUCCCAGCAAUGCCUAUCAUGCAUAUUAUCAACACAAAUUGACUGAAUCGCGGGACCAGAACCAGUCUUCUACAGACCAGCCUGCUUCUGAGCUAGCAGAUUCUGGUGCACCUCCAGAGUCUACUCCAUCUGCUCCUUCUGCUGAUGAUGAGAAUGAAGCAGCCCAAAAACCUGAUCCUGCUGCCCAAUUCAGAAUACCACUUCGGAAGGUCCUUGAGCCCCCAGAAGCUGAGCAAUAUACAGUGCAGCUUCCUGAAGGGAUUACGGGAGAGGAACUUGAUAUUAUUAAGCUGACUGCCCAAUUUGUGGCUCGAAAUGGGCAAUCUUUCCUUACUGGCCUGACAAAUAGGGAGAUGAACAAUCCCCAGUUCCACUUCAUGAAGCCAACCCACAGCAUGUUCACUUUUUUCACUGGACUUGCAGAUGCAUAUUCGAAAGUGUUGAUGCCUCCUAAAGGGUUGACCGAGAAGUUGACAAACAGUGUUGCUGACAUGACGACUGUGCUUGAGAGAUGCUUGCAUCGCCUAGAGUGGGAGCGCUCACAGGAGCAGGCAAGACAAAAAGCUGAGGAUGAGAUUGAGCAGGAGCGUUUACAAAUGGCCAUGAUUGACUGGCAUGAUUUCGUUGUAGUUGAAACCAUUGACUUUGCAGAUGAUGAGGACGAGGAGUUGCCUGUUCCAAUGACUCUUGAGGAGGUCAUAAGGAGAAGCAAGAUCACUGCGAUGGAGGAAGAUGAUGAAAUUGUCGAGCCUGGAAAGGAGGUAGAAAUGGAAAUGGAUGAAGAGGAGGUGAAGCUUGUUGAAGAAGGAAUGAGGGCAGCUAGUAUUGUUGAAGAGAAUGGGAAUGGUAAGAGGGAUGAGGAACCAGAGCAGCCAAUGAGAAUUGUCAAGAACUGGAAGAGACCAGAGGAGAGGCUGCCAGCAGAGAGAGAUCCAACAAAGUUUGUUGUUUCCCCAAUUACUGGUGAGCUCAUUCCUAUUAGUGAGAUGUCAGAGCACAUGAGGAUCUCCCUAAUUGAUCCCAAGUACAAGGAGCAAAAGGAGAGGAUGUUUGCUAAGAUUCGUGAGACCACUCUUGCUGCUGAUGACGAGAUCUCCAAAAACAUUGUGGGCCUUGCCAGAACCCGUCCUGAUAUUUUUGGAACUACCGAGGAAGAAGUAUCUAAUGCUGUCCAGGCAGAAAUUGAGAAGAAGAAAGACGAGCAGCCAAAGCAAGUUAUAUGGGAUGGUCACACUGGAAGCAUUGGGAGAACUGCAAACCAAGCUAUGUCCCAAAGUCUUGGUGAUGAUCAGAAUGAUGGUAUGAACGCUGACACAAGAAUGCUGCCUGGCCCAGCUGCUCUUCCUCCUCCACUUCGUCCUGGUUUACCAUCUCUCCGGCCUCUUCCUCCGCCACCUGGACUCGCCCUAAAUGUCCCCCGCAUGCCACAACCCCCAAAUACCAUGUCGUAUUCAACUCCAAUGGGUGGUGGUGGAUAUCCUGUCCCCCAACCAAGGCCACCAGGUAUGCCAAUGAUGCAAUCAAUGCGGCCGCCACCACCUCCAAUGUCAGGUCAGCAGCAUAUGAUGAUGAAUCAACAACCAUCCUCCAUGCCUCCAUCUAUGAAUCCACCACCUCCACCUGGCUCUCAGUUUCCUCAAAUGCCACAAAUGCAUCGGCCUUAUGCUCCUGGUCCUCCUAUGCCUCCGCCACCCAUGCAUGGAAUGCCACCUCCACCACCUUUGCCUCAGGGGCUAGUGCCUCCACCGCCUCCCCCUGAAGAUGCUCCUCCACCACUUCCAGAAGAACCGGAGCCUAAGAGGCAGAAGCUAGAUGAUUCAAUGCUUGUUCCAGAAGAUCAAUUUCUGGCCCAUCAUCCGGGACCUGCAAGCAUCAAUGUCUCUGUUCCGAAUCAUGAUGAAGGGAAUCUUAGAGGUCAAGUUCUGGAGAUCAGGGUGCAGUCUUUGUCUGAAACUAUUAGCAGUCUGAAGGAGAAGAUCGCUGGAGAGAUUCAACUGCCGGCAAACAAGCAGAAAUUGAGCGGGAAGGCUGGUUUUCUGAAGGAUAAUAUGACCCUUGCUUAUUACAAUGUUGGUGGUGGAGAUUCUCUUUCUCUGACAUUGAGAGAGCGUGGUGGAAGAAAGAGAUGAAAAGAUUGGCUCAUUUUUUACUGGUGACACAAGGUUGGAGAGCUUCUUUCUAUAUAUGAAAGGGAAUUAUUCUGGAUAUUGCGAUGAGACUCCCAUCAUUUGACUGUCUUUUUGAUGUUAUGCUGGUUAUCUGUUGUACUGUUAAAUUACCUUGUGGUGCUGGAGUAGUAUAACUAUGAGCUAACUUUUGAAUAUCAAUUAGAUGUUUCUGAGACUGAUGAUGGAUGUGGUGUGGUAUACAGAUAUGGCGCCUUGGCGAGGGCAGCGGGAAGUUGCACAACUUUGACUAUUUCUUAGACAGAUAAAGGGCAGUGCUUGUUUAUGGGUUUACUAAUUUCCUCGUUGCCUUUUGGUUCUAUGUUGCAGCAGAUUCUCUGUGCCGUCUGAUCAUAUUGUUGCCUGUUUGAUGUUUCCCUAGAGGUACUGUGGUAAUGGGAGAGAAAUGAAUGCUGCAAGUAGUAGCAGCAACGUGAAUUUUUUUUUGUUCAUGAUGCUGUUGUAUUAUUCCUUGAUAAAAGGCCAUUCACUAGGGUUUCUUUUGCUUUUGUUCUGUUUUCUGUUGACAAUUUGACAUGGUUGACUGGAAGAUGGAUGCUGUUGAUGGAUGGUGAAUGUCGCUCUUGUCACUUGUCAGCUGGGGGGGGGGGGUAUCAGGGUUCCUAGUUUUGCUCUACCGGAUGUGUUUGAAUUCAGUUCAACAAAGACCUGAAUUUACUUCAGAAUUCAGAUCUUGUUCUUCACUCAAAACCAAUUUUAAGUUCGAAUACUGUUUGUGAUGUGUUCUAUGGUCAUUACUCAUUUAUCGAUCUACCCGGCGAUCCUUGUGUUUUGUAAAACCAUGGUCCUUCAACAUCGCCAUGUUUAUUAGGAGUACCUUCAAAAUAAUCCCACCUAAACGAACAAGGUAUUGGUCUGAUAAAAAAUUAAAGACUGUCAUAAUCGCAUAUUAACGGGUCAUGUAGGUUGACAUUUCAUGUAUCACGUUCACGUUCCUAUUUAUCAGAUUAGAGUUACUAAAAUAUACAAAUAUCAUCCACUUCUAUAAUGCUAAUGCUAUAGAUGUCUGAUUCAUGUACACCAUAACUCUAGGGCUGAAAAAGUAGACCAGAUCGUUUGAAAAAUCAUGGUCUAAACCGGACCGAACAGUUUGGUCCGGACCGUAGACCGUUAAUUAUGGUUUGAACUCUGGUCUGGUCCAUGGUCUAUAUUAUAUGAUGUUUGAUAUCAUGGUCUGGUUUGGUCUGGACCGCGGUUUAUCGGACCAAACCGUGGACCCAACAGACUUCUCAAUAUGUGUUAGCAACCCACUAGACCACUCUCCCAGCUCCCACAACGAUACCCAAGUCUCAAUCUUAAUUUUGAGAUUCUCGUCCCCUCCUUCAUUCACAACUACAUUUCACUAGAGAGUAGAGACGAUCAUGUCUCCAUAUGACAUUAUGUAAAUGUUUAUGACGUUAUGGUACAAGUUGGGAUUUUUUUUGUGAGACAAGUUGGGAUGUUUUGACUUUGUAUCUUUAUUAUUUACUUAGAUUUAUGGUGUCAAAAUAAUCCAUGCAUGUAGGAAUUUAAGUUUUAAGGAAAUAAAAACAUUUUUCUUGGCUAUUGAUUCAAUUUUUUUGUGCGGUUGACUAAUUAAAUUGUUCAUUUUCGUUCACUGUGGUCUAUCUAGACCAAACCGUACCGGAUUAGACCGCACAGGCGUGGUCUGGUUUGGACCGUAUAGUCUAUGGUCUAGUCUGUGGUCUAUACUCUAACCUCUCGAUCUGGACCGUAGACCGCAUAUAUGGUCCGGUCUGGACCAGAUCGCACCAUAUCUCAGCCCUAAUAACACUUGAGGAAAGGUCCUAUUCUCCAGAGUUAUAAACUAUAUCAAUAUCG